GCUGGAUGUAUCAAAAUGUGGCUGAGGCUCCUCAUCCUGUCGCUCUUUUCCUUCACGUUCAUACUAUUCAAAAGCGACAUGACCAGUGCACACUUGAACUUUUUUAUCACCGAAGAAGAAAUGUCUCGACUAUUAGGAAUAAAUACGGAACUAUAUUACGUGAAUAAAGGAGUGGUGAACGACUAUGCUAUCAAUUUUGUGGUUCUGGUGCCAAAAGAUGUCGAUACCAUCAAAUUUUCAUGGCAGAGCUUGCUGAAUUAUUCGUUACCCUAUAUAUUAGAAGUAAAGUAUGGACCGGGAAAUAAAGGGGUGUUGCUGCCCCCGCAGAUGAAUGUUUCAUCAAAUGGUGUGAUUCCGACAUCUGUGCAGACAUUCAGAAUCACUAUGAUGUGCACGGGUCUAAAAACGGCCGAAAUAACAGUAUUCAUCAGUUUGUUCGUCAGUACAAGAGAAAAAAGUAACACCACCAUAGUAAAAUUUAAAAGAAAUAAAGUCUGCUACAAAGGUAUCGGCAAUUUGCAAAACGAUUCGAUCCGUUUGGACCCGAGUUACUUCGGAAGUUUGUCCGAUUUCGCAGUGGCUUGUGUUCUAACUCUGAUCACCUUAGCCCUAUUUGUGGUUAUAACUUCAGCCUAUUACAUCAAGAGGAAAAAACAAGACCAGGAACACACAUACAUGACGGCUUUAUAUGACAGCAACCCGCACAUGUUUUUGAGACAAGGAUUCGGCAGACCCCCAAGCACAGAGAGCGGAAGUUACGCAACCAUUGACGACUUGCAGAAGAAUCCGCCAUCGCCAGUGCCAUACGCUACCAGUGAUUGCUGCAGGUAUUCAGAGAACAACAGCAAUUACAGGGUGUCGUACUAUGCUUCUUCUCAAGUAAUGUUAAUUUCACAGGUCUCCGUGAACGAUCCAAGACUGAUUGACCCAACGAAGAGGUUGCGCACUCUUGCGGUACCCCGCGAAACUAUAUCCAUCGACAAUGUGAAAGAAGAAGGAAUCUUUGGUAAGGUCUGCGUUGGAAAGUAUCAGGAAAAAACAGUUUUCAUCAAAACCACGAAAGAUACCGUCUCCAAACGACUUUUAAACCUAUUUUUGGCAGAGGGUACCAUGAUGUUCGGGAUGGACCACAAAAACGUCUUAACCGUGUUAUGUGUUAACUUGGAUAAUCCCACCAAACCUUUGCUGGUUUAUUCGUAUGCCAGCAGAGGGAAUUUGAAAAGGUUCUUAAUUAACUGUCGUCAAAGGAAAGACAAUACUACUAUAUCGACCCAAGUUCUAGUAGAUAUGGCUAUACAAAUUCUUUUAGGAUUAAUGUACCUGCAUAGCAAAAAUAUUUGUUACAAGGAUAUGGCUGCUAGAAACGCCGUGGUCGGCGAGAAGUUCGAUAUCAAAAUAACAGACAACUGUUUGUCCAGGGACCUAUUCCCUAAUGAUUACUUCUGCAUGGGGGACAAAGAAAACAAACCCGUGAAAUGGAUGGCUCUGGAAAGCCUUAUUUAUGACCAAUGGACUUUCCAAACUGAUGUGUGGUCUUUUGGUGUAGUUUUAUGGGAGCUGACAACAUUGUGUCAACAGCCGUAUGCUGACAUUGACCCAUAUGAAAUGUCCACACAUUUACGUACUGGUUAUAGGCUCACUCAGCCGAUAGGCUGCCCUGACGAAUUAUAUGCCGUGAUGACGUAUUGUUGGUUAAACAAUCCGGCAGAUCGUCCGCAACUAAAUCAACUUUUAGCAUAUUUGAACGAAUUUUUUACAGCUUUAUGUAGAUUUGUAUAAAAACCCAACUAACUACAUACUCGAUUAAAAAAAUAAUCGAAAAAUCACUGCAAACCGCUGAAGAAACUGAAAAGGUAAUUCAGCCUAUUUGACUGCUUAACUUAAACUAUCUGAUUGCUUAAAAUGUUCAUUUCCUUUUUAGCAUAUUAUAAUAUGUCGUAUAAUUGUCGGCAUACGAAAAAAUAGAGGUAUAUUUACUGGAAAUAUACUAAAUCAUAUUUAUA